AGCUGCUUCAAAAGCGGCACCUACAACUCCACCAAAAACCUAAAUUUGAGCCCAUUAGUUCACACUACGAACACCAUCUCCUUCGUUAAAAGCCUCUCUUUAUCGGAGGUCUUAACCUUGCCAGUCCGAAGAUGAACACGUGGUCGGCAAUGGUUUCCUCAAGAUUGCUUCUUUUCAGCCUUGCUAUUUUCAUGCUAAUUGCUGUAGUCGUCGGGCAGCCAGCCUUUGAUCUAAACUCUUUUUGUUCAUCUGGAGAGAGCGACUGCACUGCUAAACGUACAUCCGACGCAUGCAUCCAACAUCACCUCCGCCGCUCCUCCCUGUCAUCCUACUCAAAUGGUUCUCCCCACAUCCAUUUGAGAUUACCCCACUCGAACGGCUCCAAUAUUGUUGAUUUAUUCAUGUGGAACACGCCAUUUUGUCAAACAGAUUUUAGAUUAACUGUGGUACUCAAAACAUCCGGAAAAUAUAGGAUUUCAUGGAGGAGCCCACCUCGUGCUGCAGCAGCACUUGGUUUCUACCACACCUGCACUGGAGAGGACUCCGAUAUAGUCUAUGGACAGGCGCUUCGCAGAGGGGAUGUCAACUCCACAGUUUGUCGGAUUUGUAUACAGACUGCAACCAAGGAAAUCUUAAAGCAGUGCGUAAGUGAAGAUGCUAUGAUAUGGUUUGAACUCUGUUUGGUCCGGUAUGACUCGGUUCAAUCGGUUUACAUGAGUGGUUCUUUUACCACCGGUAAGUUCAUAAACCGACGGUACAACGCAAGUUUUCACUGGUUGCUCGACGCCCUCCGGCCCCUCCCAGCUUCUCAAGGCAACAAACACCCAAAAAGAUUGAAGCACCAAAAACUCGCGAUAGGACGCCAUCUCCUAGUAUACAACAACCUUUCUAUAAACCCUCCGAAUUUGGGCAAGAAGGAAAGGGCCAACAAUGGUAGAGUGAGGAGAGAGAGCACACUGCCAAAUACAAUAAGAGAGAGGAGAAAGAUAUCAGAGCGCACGACGAGAAAAGAGAGGGAGCAAAGGAAGAAAAGAAAAAGUUUCCUUCCCAAAAUGAUUUCUCUUGAACAAUGA